AUGGCCACGCUGCACCCGGUCCCGCCGCCCUUCUUCUCCCCCUACCUCGACGACCAAUGCACAAAGAUCAACAACAAGGCCGUCCCCUGGGAGGGAUACCAGAGAGCCAAGCUCCUCUCGCAGGAUGAACUCUCCCUCCUCAAGUCGCUCUCCAAACUCCCGCCAGCGCAACGUCCGACCGUGUUCGCGACCCAAGGUCCGCAAUACGCCAAGCUCUAUAUCGAUCUCUUGCGCAAGCUCCAACGUGUAGACACUGUCCAGGCCGUUCUUGUGUCUAUCAACGACAUGCUCUCUGACACCACCAACAUCUCCUACUUUCACAACAUGGCUACCGCCAAAAACCCGACUGACCCCUAUGGGCCUAUCGUCAAGUGCUUGGGCAUGGAGGAAGAGUUCCCGGUCUUGGGUAGCUUGAGGAUAUUGGCUCUGCUUAUUGCAACCGACCCCAAGCCCUUCCCAGAAUCCCUCGUCCCAACUCUCUUGUCAUCUCUCCAAACCCUUCUCAACGGCAGUCGCAUACCGCUCUGGGAAGUGGCUGCUCAGGUGCUCGGUGCAGUCCUUGGUACCAAGCAGUUCCGAAACGCCGUCUGGGAAGAGGAAGGGGCCAUCUCGGGCUUGAUCAAAUCUCUCAAAUCCAACCCCAACCCUCAAGCUCAAUACUGGGCCAUCUUCUCUCUCUGGCAGCUGUCUUUUGAAAAGAAGGCCGCCCAAGGGCUGGACAAGAAAUAUGAUGUGGUUGCUUUAUUGACAGAUGUCGCCAAAGCUGCGGUCAAGGAGAAGGUCCAGCGAGUUGUCGUUGCUACUUUCAAGAACCUCCUCGCCAUUGCCCCCUCUCAAAACUUGCCUUCCAUGUUUGUCGCCAAGCUCCUCCCCUUCAUCACCUCCCUUCAAUCCCGCAAAUGGUCCGACGAAGAGAUCGUCGAAGACCUUGAUUAUAUUCAGGGCGAGCUCAAGACUCGACUGGACGGCUUGAGUACUUAUGACGAGUACGUAAAGGAGCUGGAGAGCGGACACUUGGUUUGGUCACCUGUACAUGAGACGGUUGAUUUCUGGAAGGAGAACGGUUUGAGGAUCGGGCAGGAGGAUGGAGGAAGCGCUGUCAAGCGACUAGUCGAGCUCAUCACAACUUCCAAAGACCCCCUCGUCCUCGCCGUUGCCACCCACGACAUUGGCAAGUACGUGAGGUACGGCGGGGAACGUAGCAGGGACACCAUUGAUAAACUUCACGGCAAGACUCGGGUGAUGGAGUUGAUGUCGCAUGAGAACGGGGACGUGAGAUAUCAGGCCUUGAUGACGGUGCAGAGCUUGAUGAGCCAGCAUUGGAAGUAG